AAAAAUGAAAAGAAUUUUUCCCAAACCACCAGCUAGUAAAGCAAAAUACUCAAUAUGGGCAAAAAAUUACCCAUAAUCGUGCUUAUCAGCUUGAAAUUAGCCCAAUCGAUAAGCGAUAUUUCUCGCUGCCGUUGGUACGAGUUGGUAUGCACCUCUACAGUUUACAAAACUAAAUGAGACGGCUAUUAAGCAUAACAGUUUUUAUUUGUGUUUAUCUGCGUGAAAAGUGAAAAUAUAUUUCGAUUUGUAAAAUUCAUAAAUUAUAAAAAUAGCUCAAUUAUAACACUGGAAACUCAAUUCACAAACAUUUUGGAAAUGGCAGAGCAGCAGCGGAGAACUACCAGCGAGCAUAUUUUGCGAACACAAUUGGACACUUUAACUGCACAAAAUACACGUCUACAAGAGGAGAAUAAUUUGCUCCGCCAAAAGCUAACACACCUUACAGGCGAUCAUCGGUCUGCAGCAGCAAUUAAUGUCGAAGCAAAAAUUGCAGCACUCAGACUGGAGGAUGAACGCGAUCAGAUGUAUGAGAAUCUCGAACGAUUGAAAAAGAAGUACAACAAAUUGCAUGCAGCAUAUCUGGAGAAGGUGCAACGUUGCAAAGCAUUGGAAGAUACCUUCAAGCGACAAAAGACGCUGUCUGGCUUAGUGUCGAAAUCAGCUAUCAAUCAACGAGCGCAAGAGUUGGCUGCGAAGACUGAGACGGAAAAUCUGGAAAAACAGGUGGCGAAAUUGCAAACGUUGCUAGAUGAAUCGUAUGAUAUAAUUGAUGAACUUGAAUUUGAACUAGAAAGUAUUGAUUAUCUGGAGCAGGAAAAUCAAUACAUGCGCAAAGAGUUAUUCGCUAUAAAGUCAAAAAAACAAGCUGCCUCUCACCCGGCUGGGAAGUCGUCCACCAAUCCAAGUUCAUUACCGUCAGCAGCGUACGAUGAGCCACCACCAAGUUAUGAGGAAGAUGUUGCAGACGGUGCCAGUGCCAAUGCUAGUGCCGAUAUGACAGCAAAAGCGGUGGGCGAUGUAAGUAAAAUGCUUAGCUUAUCGGUCGCAUCCUCUUCUACUGAGUCCCUGCUUAAUGAUGAUGCGGAUAGUGAAACGCUAGAAAGAGCGGCCAUGACACACACAUUGAUCGAGAAUGCCGCGGUCGAAAGCAAUCAAUUGCGUCGAGAACUGUUAAAAUGUCGGCUGAAUAAUACGUUCAGGCCCAAGUGAACAAGAAUUCUACCGGCUUUACAUUUCAAUUAU